AUACCGAUUUUUGCAAGACGGCGGGAUAAGUAGUAACUCAGCUGAUAUUCAUCUACAACAUCGCCGGUCUGGUGGGCGAAUUUCCGAAAUGAGCGUCUCAGCAUCGUUAGUUCGCGCCUCACUAUCUGGGGUCGCUUGCAAUUUCAUGACCCACAGUAGCCGGAGGAGCUCAUCGUCACUUUCCCUUAAGCCCCACUUCCCCGUCUCUAUAUACAGUCCUUCUAAUGCUUUGUUUUCACCCCCCUUUUCUCUAAUUCAAGUGAAUAAUCAUAGAUUCAGUGGCUGUGCACAGGCUGCUGUUUCUCUGGUGGGUUCCGAGGAUGUUCUCUCCUCACCUCAAGAAGAAGAAUCGAAAGACAAUGUUGAAGAGUUGUUAGCAAACAAGGACGAUGUCUCGAGGUUCAUGAAGAUGGAGCGCAGGGUAGGCUUGCCAUACAAUGGCCAAUUUGAUCAAUCUAAACGUUGGUUCCCUUACCUUGAUAAGUUCAGAUCAGGAGAUUCUUUCUUGACUAGUGCAGAAGUAUUGGAAGCCCUGGAUCCACAUAUAAUGGAGACGAGGAAGGAGAGGUUCAGGAGAGUGGCUAAGAACAGGAGCUAUUCAGUUUGCUUGGUGAUUGAAGGAUUGACUGAUUUUGGGAAUGUUUCUGCUGCAUUUAGAUCUGCAGAUGCUCUCGGGUUUCAGUCUGUUCAUGUGAUCUCUUGUGACAGUUCAAAAAGGUACAGAGACAACCGUCAUGUUAGCAUGGGAGCUGAGAAAUGGUUAGACAUUGAAGUUUGGAACUCUACAAGGGAUUGCCUUUCCAUUUUAAAAUCGCGUGGAUAUCGAAUUGCCACAACACAUUUGGGUGUAAACGCGGUUUCCAUUAAUGAUAUGGAUUGGUCAUUGCCAACAGCAAUUGUUGUUGGAAAUGAGGGCAGGGGGGUAAGUGACGAUGCUUUAGAGUUAUCAGACUUGUAUUGCGCCAUACCAAUGAUGGGCAUGGUCGACUCUUUCAAUGUCUCUGUAGCUGCUGGAUUGCUAAUGCACCAUGCUGUUUGUGAUAGAACAUCCCGGCUGGGCCGUCAUGGUGAUCUGACUUGCGAAGAGAGCAGAAUCCUAUUGGCGGAAUUCUCUUUGCGCCACAACAAUAGUUCGACAAGUAUUGCCCAUGAAUAUGCCAAGAGAAAAGCAGCCCAACAUCAUCCAAAGCUAUGAUCAUGAUGAUGAUAUCCUCUAAAUAUUAGAGCAAAACACCAUUUUGUUGUAUCUCUUAAGUCAUAUUUGUUCUUAGUAAUAUAUAUUACUUUAUUUAAAUGUAUUUUUAAAGAUUUUCUUCAUAGUUAUGGCAUUUUGUGUAAUGGUGACUACUUUACUGUCUUUAGUUUGGAGCUCCAUAUUUCCUAAUAAAAAGUACUAAGUUAGACAUGUA